GCACCCCCUCCCAAGCCUGGCUUCUCCACUUGGAAGGACACCAUCAGCCCGCGGGGCUUGGAGGCAUUGCAUGGACAAUCUGGUUCACUUGCUUAUCAGUUGCCCCAUAUCUGUCCAUUUUUCCAACCAGGGUCUAUCCCUCCAACUAUCCCAUGUCCAUCUAUCCAUCCAGCUUCUGUCCCUCCAACUGUCCUACACCCAUCCAUCCAUCCAUCUAGGGUUGAUCCCUCCAACUGUCCCAUAUCCAUCCAUCCAUCCAUCCAUCCAACGUCUGUCUCUCCAAUUAUCCUAUAUCCAUCCAUCCAUCCAUCCAUCCAUCCAACGUCUGUCUCUCCAAUUAUCCUAUAUCCAUCCAUCCAUCCAGAGUCUAUCCCUUCAACUGUCCUAUAUCCAUCAUCCAUCCAGGAUCUAUUCUUUCAUCUGUCCUAUAUCUAUCUCUCCAUCCAGGGUCUAUUCCUCCAUUCUGUCCCAUAUCCAUCUAUCUAUCCAGGGUCUGUUCCUUCAUCUGUUCUAUAUCUAUCUACCCAUCCAGGAUCUACCCCUCCAUCUGUCCUAUAUCCAUCCAUCCAUCCAUCCAUCCAUCCAUCCAUCCAGGGUCUAUCCCUCCAACUGUCCUGUAUCCAUCAUUCAUCCACGAUCUAUUCCUUCAUCUGUCCUAUAUUUAUCUCUCCAUCCAGGGUCUAUCCUUCCAUCUGUCCCAUAUCCAUGUAACUAUCCAGGGUCUAUUCCUUCAUUUGUCCCAUAUCUAUCCAUCCAGGAUCUACCCCUCUAUCUGUCCUAUAUCCAUCUGUCCGUAUAUCCAUCCAUCCAUCCAUCCAUCCAGGAUCUAUUCCUCCAACUGUCCCAUGUCCAUCCAUCCAUCCAUGCAGGGUCUAUCCCUCCAACUGUCCCAUGUUCAUCCAUCCAUCCAGGGUCUAUCCCUCCAUCUGUCCCAUGUCCAUCAAUCCAUCCAUUGUCUGUCCAUCCAUCUGCCUCCAACAGCCCCAUAUCCAUCUGUUCAUCCAUCUAUCUGCAAUGACAUUUGACUUUUGUCUUCCUAGUCUUAGUCUUAGUUACCAAAUUUCUUCUUAGUCUUAGUUACCAAAAAUGUUAUUAUUCGUAAAGAAAAUGAUGAUAAAAUAUAAUAGCAAUGUUUAUUAUGUGUCAUUCACUGUGCAAGGCACUUAUGCAUUAUUCCACUUGUUUCACAAAACACUAAAAAACAGAUGCUGUCCCUCCAACUGUCCCAUAUCCAUCAUCCACCCAUCCAUCCAUCUAUCCAGUAUUCAUCCAUGGAUCAUCCAUGUACAUCUGUCUGUCUAUAAAUGCCUAGCAGUGGGACUGAUGGGUCUUAGGGUAGGUAUAUGUUGAUAUUUAUUAGAAAAUGCCAAACAGUUUUCCAAACUGGUCGCAAGAUUUUAUGCCCUCACCUAUGUGAGCAUAUGGGAGUCCCAGAUGAUCCACACCCUUUCCACCACUUCCUAGUGUCAGCCAUUUUUUAUCUUGUUUUGUUUUUGAGAUGGAGUCUUGCUCUGUCACCAGGCUGGAGUGCAGUGGCGUGAUCUCGGCUCACUGCAACCUCCGCUUUCUGGGUUCAAGCGAUUCUCCUGCCUCAGCCUCUCGAGUAGCUGGGACUACAGUUAGUGACUUUGUGG